UGAUUCUUGAUUGCACAUCAAUUUUGAAUGAAUCCACUGCGAUAUCUGAUCAGCUUUGCCAGGUGAACCCGGACUCGUUUUUGAUCUUCGUAUUCUGAUUCAACCAUCCACACUGCCUGCUUUGUCACUCCUCAACCAACACAAGACAAGCAUUCAAAAUGACGAACACGGCAGCAUCCAUCGCGCGGGGUGCCAACCGAGUGUUGAAGCUCGGCAUGAUGCCGGCGGACGGCAUCGGACGAGAAGUGUUGCCAGCAGCUCAACGAGUUCUUCAAGCCACUCCCGGAGCUCCCCAAUUUCAAUUCAUUCCUCUCGCUGCCGGUUUCGAGCAUUUUCAAAAGACCGGCUCUGCUUUGCCCGAAGAGACUGUGAGGAUCCUCAAGGAGGAGUGCGAUGGCGCCAUGUUCGGAAGCGUUUCUAGUCCUAGUCACAAAGUGGAGGGCUAUUCUAGUCCCAUCGUCAAGCUGAGGAAAGAGCUGGACUUGUAUGCAAAUAUCAGACCCGUUGUGGGUGUAAGAGGAACCAAGGAUGACGAGAAAUGGUUGGACACUGUGAUUGUUCGCGAGAACACAGAGUGCCUGUACAUCAAAUCGGAGACUCUAGAGCAAGGUCCUCACGGUCAGGUUGCAAGGGCCAUCCGACAGAUCACGGAGAAAGCCUCGACGAGGAUCGGACGCAAAGCUUUCGAAGUUGCUCUCGCUCGUCAACAGCUGCGUGAAAAAGCCGGGCAAGGGAAUGCUGUGAAUCAGGUUCAGCCUGCUAAAGUGACUGUAUGCCACAAGUCGAAUGUCCUGUCGGUGACAGACGGACUCUUCCGCACCUCUGUGAGGAGCGUCUUCGAAAAGGAUGCCAUCUCUGCCGGAGGUGCAGGUCGAUAUGCCGGGAUAGCGCUCGAUGAGCAGCUAGUAGACAGCAUGGUGUACCGACUUUUCAGAGAGCCUCACGUCUUCGACGUUGUGGUCGCGCCCAACCUGUACGGCGACAUUAUCAGCGACGGAGCUGCUGCUCUCGUAGGCUCGCUCGGCGUUGUCUCUAGCGUCAAUGCUGGUGACAGCUUCUUCAUGGGAGAACCUGUGCACGGCUCUGCGCCAGACAUUGCAGGCCAGAACAAGGCGAACCCCAUCGCAUCGAUCCGAUCAGCCGCUCUGUUGCUCGAAUACAUGGGCUACCCUGACCCCGCGCUUCGCAUCUACAAGGCCGUCGACGAUGUCAUUCGCGAGGGCAAAGCUCUCACGCCUGAUCUGCGCGGUGUGGCUACCACUUCCGAGUGCGAAGCGGCUAUCAUCAAGGCUCUCACCGCAUGAUGCUUCGAAAAGUCUUGUACUGAGCUUUGCCAAAAGUGAUAGCAUCUGCGGCUUCAUCUUUGUCCAACGCAAUAAGACUUGAAGUUCAAUGAUCAAGGGAUAGUGACACACUGCGCAUCCUAGCCGAAGCCUCUUACCCACAACGCUGGCACACGAUGUACGAAAUUUAUCGGAUUGAUGAGACAU